AUGUCAUUGUCUUCAAUUUCACCGGCAACAAUCGACCGGCUAGAGAGUGAGUUCGGCAUCCUACAUCUCCUCUACCACCGGAACCGAAACCAACAUCGCGUGGCAGUAUGGUGGCUGUCUUUGGACAUGCUCCAUCGUAACGUGCGGAAGAUUCUUUCAAAUCUACGAGAAAUUGAAACCACCAAAAAGAUCUUGCAGAAAGAGCGCUUGUUCAGGAAAGCUGUGCUGAUAGCCAGACAGAUGAUACGAAAGAAGUUGUUUAAGCGCGCUAGCUACGACUUCAAUUCAAUAAUCGCACUUGGCCAAUUCGUUACGUUGGGAAUGGUCUUGGUUGCAAACACCAGUGUUAUAUAUAAACUUGUGGUGGAGAUUAGCGAAGCUGACGGUGGAGACAAGAAACUAUCACAGAGCAAAACAGUAGAAAGGGUGAUUGAUCCCGACGACUUAGGAGAGGAAAUCGAGGUGGCCCCAGUUGCGCUCCAGCCACUACCGCCAGCUUCGAAGGAUUUACUGGACAUUUUCUCAGAGAAAAAGUCAAAAAUUAAGUACCAUUCAAGGAACGAGAAACCCAAUAAAGUGGUCAAGGAUUCGGGAGAGAAGAAGAAGAAGAAAGACAAGAAGGAGAAGAAGGACAAGAAGGAGAAAAAGAAGCGCAGUGCCAUGGACGACAUUUUUGGAUAG